CUCGGAGGCGGCGGCGGCCGAGGCCGGCGAGCGCUCCCGGCGGCAGCGGGGCCGCCCGCCUGGGCUCCCCGCACCCACCGCUUUGCGCCCCGCCUCCGCUCCGGUGACCUUCCCGGGGCGCCUCCCCCGGUCCCCGCGCCCCCGGCCCCGCGCCCCAGGCCGGGGCGAGGCCCUCUCCAGCGCCUCCUUCCCGCGGAGCCGCGGGCGGGCGGGCGGGCGGCGCAGGCCCGGGGGGAGGGGGCGCCGCGGCCGGCUGCAGCCUCUCUACCGCCUCGCUCGGCGUCCGGCCCGGUCGGACCGCUGCUGCCCCGCGGCCGAGCGGAGCCCGGGCGCCCGAAGCUGGGGGCGCGGCCGCUCUCGCCUCGCGGGGCCGGGAGCGGGCAGGCCCUGCCCUGAAGGGGCGAAGCGGCGGGGAGCGCGGGAGGUGGAGCCGGCCCAGGCGGCCGCCCGGCGUCUCUCCCCAGCGCCCCCUUCCCGGACCCAGCCCGUGGCGGACGCAGGCCCCUGCCCAUGCGGGGCGCCCCCGGCUCGGAAGAGUCCUUGGGGCAGGGAUCAGUUCCAGGCAGCGGCGCCGGAGGGAGAGGAAGAAGGGACAGUGCUCAGCUUGGGCGGCCCGGACCCUCCUCGCAGCGUUUGGAGCCGGGGACCGCCCCGAAGUCUGCGCUUGGCACCGCCGCUUGAACUAGGGCAGCGCCUGCUGGGACCCCGACCCCGACCCGGACCCCCUGCGCCUUGUAGAAGGCGGCGGCGGUGCCGCCGCGCCACCCAGCUCUUCCGCGAUCUCCCUGUGUUUGGCAGCAGUCACGGCCAAGCCCUCACCACCCGGGUCCUCCGGAGAACAGUGGCCCCCAGACCAGCAGCUUCUGCACAUCCUUGGGCCUGCCUUACCCCCGACGUACAGAAUUGAGCCUCUGGUGUGUAAGGCUGAGAAAUCCAUGUUUUAACACUGUCCAGGUGAUCCUAAUGCUUCCAGAAGCUGGAGAACCCCGGAGAAAGUAUUAUGAGGGAGGCCGAGGACCCCGUGCUCCGGGCAGAGAAGCGGCGCUGGGAUUAGGGGUUGCCACUUCUGAGAGGAUGCUGGGAAUCUGCAGAGGGAGACGGAAAUUCCUGGCUGCCUCCCUGACCGUUCUCUGCAUCCCAGCCAUCACCUGGCUUUACCUGUUCGCCGGGAGCUUGGAAGAUGGGAAGCCGGUGUCCCUGUCGCCGCUGGAGUCACAGCCACACAGCCCCAGGUAUGCGGCCGCCAGCCAGCGGGAGCGCGAGAGCCUGGAGGUGCGCGUGCGCGAGGUGGAGGAGGAGAACCGUGCCCUGCGGCGGCAGCUCAGCUUGGCACAGGGCCGCGCCCCAGCCCACCGCCACGGCAACCACUCCAAGACCUACUCCAUGGAAGAGGGUACGGGUGACAGCGAGAACCUCCGCGCCGGCAUCGUGGCUGGCAACAGCUCUGAGUGCGGGCAGCAGCCGGUCGUGGAGAAGUGUGAGACAAUCCACGUUGCUAUCGUCUGUGCCGGGUAUAACGCCAGCCGCGACGUCGUCACCUUGGUCAAGUCUGUCCUGUUCCACAGGCGGAACCCCCUGCAUUUCCACCUCAUUGCCGAUUCCAUCGCGGAGCAGAUCCUGGCGACGCUCUUCCAGACCUGGAUGGUGCCUGCCGUGCGCGUGGACUUCUACAAUGCAGAUGAGCUCAAGUCUGAAGUCUCCUGGAUCCCCAACAAACACUACUCAGGCAUUUAUGGUCUGAUGAAGCUCGUCCUGACCAAGACUCUUCCUGCCAACCUGGAGAGGGUCAUUGUCCUUGACACGGAUAUCACCUUUGCCACUGACAUCGCAGAGCUGUGGGCUGUGUUCCACAAGUUCAAAGGUCAGCAGGUCCUGGGCUUGGUCGAGAACCAGAGUGACUGGUACCUGGGAAACCUGUGGAAAAAUCACCGCCCUUGGCCUGCGCUCGGAAGGGGCUACAACACAGGAGUGAUCCUGCUACUUCUGGACAAGCUGCGGAAGAUGAAGUGGGAGCAGAUGUGGCGGCUGACUGCAGAGAGGGAGCUCAUGGGCAUGUUGUCCACCUCCUUAGCUGACCAGGAUAUUUUCAACGCCGUCAUCAAACAGAACCCCUUCCUGGUGUAUCAGCUCCCCUGCUUCUGGAACGUGCAGCUGUCAGACCACACCCGCUCUGAGCAGUGCUACAGGGACGUGUCUGAUCUGAAGGUCAUCCACUGGAACUCCCCCAAGAAGCUACGGGUGAAGAACAAGCACGUGGAGUUUUUCCGCAACCUCUACCUGACCUUCCUGGAGUACGACGGCAACCUCCUGCGGAGAGAGCUCUUCGGCUGCCCCAGUGAGGCCGAUGUCAACAGUGAAAAUCUCCAGAAGCAGCUCUCUGAGCUUGAUGAGGACGACCUGUGUUAUGAGUUCCGGCGAGAGCGGUUCACUGUCCACCGAACCCACCUGUACUUCCUGCACUAUGAGUAUGAGCCUGCUUCGGACAACACGGAUGUCACCCUGGUCGCUCAGCUUUCCAUGGACAGGCUCCAGAUGCUCGAGGCCAUCUGCAAGCACUGGGAGGGACCCAUCAGCCUGGCCCUCUACCUGUCGGACGCCGAGGCCCAGCAGUUCCUCCGCUACGCGCAGGGCUCCGAGGUGCUCAUGAGCCGCCACAACGUGGCCUACCACAUCGUGUACAAGGAGGGCCAGUUCUACCCCGUGAACCUGCUGCGCAACGUGGCCAUGAAGCACGUGGGCACGCCCUACAUGUUCCUGUCUGACAUCGACUUCCUGCCCAUGUAUGGGCUCUAUGAGUACCUCAGGAAGUCUGUCAUCCAGCUCGACCUUGCCAACACCAAGAAGGCGAUGAUCGUCCCUGCAUUCGAGACACUGCGUUACCGGCUGUCUUUCCCCAAGUCGAAAGCGGAGCUGCUAUCAAUGCUGGACAUGGGCACUCUUUUCACCUUCAGGUACCACGUCUGGACAAAAGGCCACGCUCCCACAAACUUCGCCAAGUGGCGGACUGCCACCACGCCUUACCGUGUUGAGUGGGAGGCAGAUUUCGAGCCGUAUGUUGUCGUGAGAAGGGACUGCCCUGAGUAUGACCGGAGGUUUGUGGGCUUUGGCUGGAACAAGGUGGCUCAUAUCAUGGAACUGGACGCACAGGAAUAUGAGUUCAUCGUGCUGCCCAAUGCCUACAUGAUCCACAUGCCUCACGCCCCCAGCUUCGACAUCACCAAGUUCCGGUCCAACAAGCAAUACCGCAUCUGUCUCAAAACCCUGAAGGAGGAAUUCCAGCAGGACAUGUCUCGCCGCUACGGCUUUGCCGCCCUCAAAUAUCUCACGGCUGAGAACAACAGCUAGCACCAGGAAGCCCACCACUAGGGAGAGAGACCUAUUCUGCAGGGGGAACACCACUCGCUGUUUGGGGCCCAGCCUUCAAACUCAAAAUUGAGCAAUGCUUUUUUUGGUUUUGUUUUUAUUUGUCUCUUUGGCCCAACAAAGCUGCCCAUACUACAGAGAUCUGGGACAAGGAUCCAGCCGGCGCCUCUCUGCUCCACAAUCUGGCAUUCCCAGAACGUGGAAGAACAGCUCGUUGACACAGUCUCUUCAAGAAUGGGACACAGAGAAGUUAGAGGAGCAAAGGGAUGUUAUCUGACCACAAAGCCACAAAACCAAGCAGGUCUUUAGGACGUUUUCAUUGCUUUUUAAGAAAGGAAAGUCAGGGUGCUGGGGGUUAGCCAUCCUGGGAAAUAAAAGCAAAACUGUCUCUUUGUUCAGAGGAAACUUUCUUUUUUUGUCCUGCAAUCUAGCCACAUAUCCAAGGUGGGAGGCAAACCAAUGAUCUGAACCAACCAUUUGGAAAAACCCAAUGGGGACGUUAUACUGGGUGGGACCUGGAGGUGGGGGGGGGGUCGGUUGGUUCUUUAUCCUCAAGGACACUCUUGUUUUGCUUUGAUUUGUUUUUGUUUGGUGGGGGUUGUUUGUUUGUUUUUGGUCUGGGAAUCCAAAAUAGAAAACCUGAUCUUUUAAGGCUCCGAAGGAGAAUCGGCUGCUUCAUCCAGCAUACCCCUGUCAGCAGUGGCCCCGCAAGGAGUACAAGAGUCUUCAGCCACUAUUUAAAAUGGGCAGCCUUCUUCAGGAUUAUCACUGAGGCCCCCAUGACCUUGAAUCCCCUGCUCUCCAGAAUCCAGGGGCUCAGAUGGAGACUAUGGAAAUACGAAGACCGUCACAUUUGCUAUUGGCCGUGACUGGUUCAUGGGGAAAGGGCUCAGAAGGGACUGUUCCAGCGUACACGGCAGGUACGGACCUCUCAGGCCUUUAGAACUGCAGUAGUUCACACAAGCCCAGUUCUGAAGAUCCACGUGUCCAUCUGGAGACCCUCAGGAAGACUGUGCUGGGUUCCUCUGUGUUUGUACUAAUUCCCUGCGGCUGGGACGAGGUCAUGGCCUCGGGCUCCCUCUGGGACCUGUCCAGAGGGUAGGCAAGCACCUUUACCAUUACACGGAUUGAGGAGACACUGGACUUUUUACCCAUUUUCUUGAAUCUUCAAUAUUAAUGUUGUGUUUACAUUGAUGAGAACAAGAGUCCACGCCCUACUCCCGGCUGGGCUGUUUGUAUUGAGUUGCAAUGUGACCAGCGAACGCUGCAUUCAAUAAAUGAAAGUCCGGACUGUU